AUGCCUCUUCUGCUGAUUCCGAUCCUACCGAAGCUGACCCGCGCUCCGGUUGACCACCUCGCCGACCCCGCUCCGGCUGACCACCUUGCCGACUCUGUUGGCUUUUCGGUCGGAUCUGAUGACGCCCCGGCGGACGAUGCCUCUUCUGCCGAUUCUGAUCCUACCGAUGCUGACGUGGCUCCGGCUGACCACCUUGCCGACUCUGUUGGCUUUUCGGUCGGAUCUGAUGACGCCCCGGCGGACGAUGCCUCUUCUGCCGAUGCUGAGCCUGCCGAUGCUGACGUGGCUCCGGCUGACCACCUUGCCGACUCUGUUGGCUUUUCGGUCGGAUCUGAUGACGCCCCGGCGGACGAUGCCUCUUCUGCCGAUGCUGAGCCUGCCGAUGCUGACGUGGGUAGUGACCAAGUGCAUGACGUGGACACGACCGAGGUUGACCAGUUAGCUAAGGAGUAUGAUGAUUUACGGAGAGCGGUAGCAACACGUGAGCAGCGUGUUGCUCCACUGUGGAUAGGUUUCGAUGCGCUUGCUUGCAGCUUUGCACAACGUGGUCGGGAGCUUGACCAAUUGAAAACGGAUCGCGCUUUAAGCCACCAAGAGCUUCACCGCUUACGAUCCUCCCAUGCUCCUUUCAUCGAGGAACUAGCACUGUUGAGAGCAGAACGAGAUCUGCUUACUCGCGACCGCCAGGCUCAGCUCAACCAUCUGGGCAACUUCGUUAUGGGGCUUCCGCCGUCGGUGGGGCUCGCUUAUGAUAAGCGGCGGAGAGAGAAGUCAGCGGCCGAUCCUGUGCCACCCCCGAACAAGCGUGCGCGCGUUACGGUCACCUCGAGCUCGGCUUCUAGGUCCCUAUCUGACGUGGUCCCGCCCGUGGACCAUGUGACCCAACAUCGAUCCGCUUCAAAUUUUCUCGGUCAUCCUCGCGUUGCGGUCGGACCAGAUUUGCCUGCCAGCCUUUCCUCUACGGUCGCGGGGCCCGCCGGCCCAACUACCCAUUCACGAUCGGCAUCCACUCACCCCAAGUCCCGGCAGGCGUCUCGCCUUCGCCUCGACGUCCCCAAGAUUCCAGCACGUACGACCAGAAAAUCGUCCAAGCCCAAGACCGUGACCACGCCACUGUCUGUUAUGACUCGGCGGUCACAGACGCAAACACGAGCGCGUUUCCCCUCCGCAUAUCAUGUGCAGGAUAGCGACGGCUCCGUAGAAUCUGCUGAAGAGGCCAUGCUCAUCGCACUGUCACGGUCGCGUUCUUCCGUUCGACGGCGGUCUUCUGUCUCGGCCACAAGAUCUGCUAACGGGAUGGAUGAUACUCCGAUCGAGAUCGAUCCAGCCAUUCAAACACCCGCGACUCGUCCGGAUCCGUCAAGACGUGAUACUCGUACUUCAUCAGCCGUCUCCAGGUCGCCGCCCAUCGCUGCGACACCUCCGACCACAGAGCCACCCAGGGCGUCCGACGAGUCCGAUGGGUCGGUGAGGGUACCAAGCUACGGUCAUGCCCCAGUAAACAAGCUCUUAUCCCCGACCGCCUUCAAGGCUUUACCCCCCGUGCGGUCCUCGCGCGAUAAGUGGAUACCUGGGUAUUGCACUCGUGCAACUUAUGCCCCUGGCUAG